AUGAGCACUUCUUCGUUUUCGUAUUUUUCCAAUGAUAAUGUCGCUACGAAUACAACUCACAACAAUAUAAGUAUUAGUUGUACCAGCGUUGGUAACGGCCGAAAUGUUAGUCCCCAAAGGACAGGAGGCGGUGGAUUGACCGGAGAUGCGGCCGUUAUUCAACGACCAACACCAGCACAAAAAUGUAUAUCAGCCAUUGGUAGCGAAAUCAAAAAUGCUCAACAGCAAAAACAAAAAUCAAAAGAGCAACACUGGUCGCAUUUCGGUACAGAUUCAAUGCCGAUUACAAAACCCGAUAAUGUAGCUUGUAGUUCUUCGUUCGUUUUGGGAGCUGUUGCUGAUGGUACAACGACUGGCGGUGGCAUCGAUAUGACUCUGCAAGAAAAGUAUCAGCAAUCCAAAUAUUAUAAUGGUUUUGAUGUAUUCACUGCCGGUAGCAGUGGCGGAAGCAGCUCUUCAGCAACAACAGCUGCACACAUCCAUCAUAGCUGUGGAGACGAUUCCCCACCUCCAUCAAUUACGGGAUAUAAUUCUUAUCUUGAAGGUAUUCCUAAUACCGGUGUUAUACGUUACGACGAUGCUUCCUUUUUAAAGAACUUGAUUCCGGGACAAAAUCUUAAUACAGAGGUAUCAAUUCAUAAUGUUAGCGACUCGAAUUUCGCUCGCAAUGCCAAUUCUCCACAAGCACAUCGCGUGGAAAUUACACCAGUUUAUGGUGGCAAUAGACCAGCAUCAUCCAACAGCCUAUUUGAGCCAAAUACUGUGCAAAAUAAUCCAUCGAAUUUUCGAGGAAACUAUCGUGAUCACUACAAUGAUUCCAAUAUAUUCUCUAAUAACAAUAUGCAUAUGAACCUUGGCGAAUUGGACCCGGCAAUGAAGUAUGAUUUUGAAUCGACACAACACCCACAGCCAACAACAUCUGUUGCAAAUGUAACAUCAAGUGAUAACCAUAACUCAAUUUUAGACUUUAACAACAUAUUAAAUAAUAAUAAGAAUGGAACCACUGGCUCAGCCAGUCAUCGUACAUCUCCCUAUAUGGACGAACAUACCCUAGAAGGUUUUGUACAAAACAUAAAUUCCAUGCGCAUCUCUUCAAACACAACAGUAGGAGCUGCCCCGACAGCGGCUGCGGACGAGCAAAGCUCCCAAAUGAAUGGCAAUAGUAGUGGCAGUGGCAUUGGGCAUCAUACAGUCACCACCAGUGCCAAUACCAAUGGUUGGUGGUAG